ACCUGAAAAUUUGCUUCGUCUUUGUUCUAAUUAAUAUAACGAGUAUGUCCGGCCGAUAUGCAGACCUGCACACGGCACCUGUGUUCUGUCAUCGAGUGAAUGAACAGUGCAGUAUCCAUGUCAUGAAUACAGUUUUUGCCUCAGGAGCAGAACGGAAGCAUUUCUUCAUAAACCCACCUCACAGUAAGAAUGCGCCGACGGCAUGAUUUCAGUAUUUUAAGCUAACUGAUUUCGAACUUUCCCAAAGGCGUCGAAAGGAAAUUUAAAGUGGGAUUGCGGGAAUCAUAAUUUUCAGUUGAUAGAGAUAAAAGGAAACUCCACUGCAUUGCACUGCAUUAUGGGAUGUCCAAAGAGAGCAAUCGUCGUUUUAUUGUCGUUCCUGGGUUUCCUCGUCCUUUUUGGCUUCCGGACGGUCUUCACCAUGGUGAUGGUUUACGUCAUCAAAGAUAACGACAACGACGGUGUGACGUUGUUCAAAGAGUGCACAAUAAACGGCACAGAUUACGACCUACAGUUGGAUUGGAGCGUGUCUACAUCACAGUACUUCAACACGGCCUACUUUGUAGGCUACGUCAUCACACAGUUACCAGGGGGAUUCCUAGCCGUCAGGUUCUCUGCUACAAAAAUUUUUGGCGGAUCCAUAUUCAUAAGCGGGUCGUGUUUCGUGAUCUUGGCGUUUACAAUGAAGUACAGCCGAAUCAUCGUCUUUGUGAUCAGAUUUAUCCAAGGAUUUGUAGAGGGCGUAUGUCAGCCAGCAAUGAGUUCUAUUGUGUCGGCUUGGGCCCCGAAAUCUGAGCGAGCCAGAAUUGUUGGAUUGUCAUAUUCAGGACUUUACCUGAGCACCUCUCUGGCGUCGGUAGUGACGGGGGCCGCCACCUGUUACGUCAGCUGGCACGCCGGACUCUUCAUUUACGGCAUUCUCGGAAUUAUAUUGUCCCUGGUUUGGUUCGCUGUAGUCUAUGAUAGUCCCGAAAAAAACCCUCAUCUUAGCGAGAAGGAACAAACCAUCUUCGAAAGGGAAGGUUCAAAGAUUAAAAUAGCCUCUGCAGAUGUAGCCAAAAAUAUACCAUGGAAGAGUAUAUUGACGUCACUUCCUGUGUGGGCAUUACUUCUAGCCAAUGUAACAAGGUCUUGGGUUUUUGCUACUAUGGUGAUGGAGAUACCUCAGUAUUUAGCAGACGUUUUCGGACUUAAUGUUGCAACGAUAGGAUUCUUGACAUCUUUCCCACCAGUUUUGAUGGCUGUGUUUAUUAUAUUUGGCGGGGUCCUUAUGGAUGAACUGAUAAAAAAGGAGAAAAUAUCCACCACUGUUGGUCGGAAACUCUCCAUUUGCAUUGGGUUUGGAUCAGAGGCUGCAAUCAUCAUAGUUCUGGGCUUUGUCAAAAGUUACACCGUAGCAUCUAUUUUGUUGGUCAUAGGAGAAGGUUUUGCGGGUUUUGGAAUUGCAGGAUACAAAGUAAAUCCCGUGGACUUAGCUCCCCAGUACGCAAGCGUUCUUGCGGGGCUGGUAACGUCCGGUGUGUUUGGGGCUAUCGUCAGUACUGCAAUAGCAGGGGCCCUCAGACAGAAGAAUGCUGAAUCUUGGCAAAAGAUUUUGGUUAUCACCGGCUCAGUACAUCUAUUUGCUGUUAUAAUAUACGCCAUUUUUGGAUCGGGAAAACAGCAGGAAUGGGCUCAACCGGCUUAUGAGAAACUAGUGACUGCAAAGAGUGAACGCAAACAAACAACUUAUGAAUCUACCAAUGAACCGUUUCCCGACACAUCGUCACAGAAUGGGCGUGUCGGUCUGCAUAUAUUCAAAUAAUAGAUAAUUAAUGCCAGCAAAAACAAUGAAAAGGGCUAAAUUAACCAAAAAAUUUAUCGGAUGAAUUUUAAUUUUCAUUACAUCUUUUAUGUCGGAUUAGGAACAGGUGUACCGGUCAAAUGAUCACAAUUUGCCCUUUGAUCAGCUUUCAUGUGUUGGACAUAUCAAUUUCUGUAAUAAAUUUUUAUACAGCAGAUAUAUUGGUUAUUUGACGGCAUUCAGUAUUAUCUUCAGAAAGAGAGAAUUCAAUUUUAGCUCACCUGAACCAAAGGUUCAAGUGAGCUUUCCUGAUCACCUGUUGUCCGUCGUCCUUCCGUCCGUCCGUCUGUAAACUUUUCACAUUUUUGACUUCUUCUCUAGAACCACUGAACCAAAUUUAACCACACUUGGUACAAAGCAUCCUUAUGGAAAGGGGAUUCUAAAUUGUUACAAUAAAGGGCACAACCCUUUUUAAAAGGGAGAUAAUUGCGAAACGGCGAAAAUUGAGUGGGUGUCUUAAAAAUCUUCUUCUUAAGAACCACUGCACCAUAUAUGCCAAUAUUUACACCAAAGCUUGUUAAUAUAGUGAAAAUUCUAAAUUGUAAAAAUCGCUAUCUCCUAGUCAAUAUUGGGGUCCCAAGAGGGGUUCAAAGUUGAUUUAAAAAGUCAAAUUUAACAUAGAAAUAUAUGGGGGGGGGGAAUGUUUUUAAAAAUGUAUUCUCAAGGACUACAGUGCUAAAAUUAGUGAGAUUACUAUACAAGUACCCUAAGAUAGUGUAGAUUCUAAAUUGUGAAAACUGUGAUCCCCGGACUAAUACUACGUACGGCUCCAAAAUAUGUUCAAAGUUUAACAUAAAGUUAUAAAAUGGGAAAAUGUUUUUAAACUCUUCUUUUUAAG